UCGGUGAGGUGCGCCGUCUAACAAGCCUUUGUUGUUGACGUCUCAAAUUCUCAACAACAAAUUCGAACUGUAUUUUUUCUCACGUACAAGCUUUGCGAUAGGUGGAGACGGAGAAAGAGAGAUGGCAGAGACUUCGAGGGGUGCGACGCUUUCUUGUUCGACGUCUUCCUCAGCUUCGUAUGGGAAGAAAAUGCUCUAAAUGGUUUCGUUGGCUGCCUGUACGAGGACCUCAAGAAACGUGAAGUUCCGACCUUUUAUGUGGAUGGGCCGGCUGGCAGCAAAGGAGAUAGGAUAUUGGAGCUGCUGAGAGCCAUAGAGGGUGCUAAGAUCUUCAUUCCCAUCUUCUCUACGCGCUAUGCAGAGUGUAAGUUUUGCCUCAUGGAGAUAGACAAGAUGGUGGAAUGCAAUCGAUUGAUUAUCCCCGUCUUCUACGAUGUGGAACCUCACGAAGUGAGGAACCAAAAAGGGCCCUUCGGUUCCAUAUUCCAAACGCACGAAGAAUCAGGCGAGAAUGGGGUGAAGGAAUGGAGGGAUGCAUUGACACAAGCAGGGGAAAUCAAAGGCUAUGAUAUCAAAACCGAGGCCUAUGGACGCGAGAAAAAGUUUAUCCCACUUAUUCUCAAGAGGGUCCUAAAAGAAGUAAACAGAAUGCCACUUGAUGUGCCUAAAUUCCUAGUAGGUCUUGAUUCUCGUAUAAGCAAGGUGAUGAAGAUGUUAAAUGUGGAAGCAUCUGGUGCUCGAAUGGUUGGCAUUCAUGGCAUGGGCGGAAUUGGGAAGACUACCUUAGCAAAAGCUAUUUAUAAUAGGCUGCAGCCUAACUUUGAAGCAUGUAGCUUCAUUUCAGAUAUUAGGAAAGCUUCUAAGAAGUAUAAAGGCCUUGUCUCCUUACAAGAGCAGCUAAUCAACGAUCUAGCAAUAGAUAAAGAUCCAUCAAUAAGUAGUGUUAGUCAAGGAAUCAACAUUAUCAAGAGGCGUGUUCACAGUAAAGCAGUACUCAUUGUUCUUGACUAUGUCGAUCAUAUAAGUCAACUGGAUGCUUUCGCUGGUAGUCGGGAUUGGUUUUUCACAAGAAGCCGAAUCAUUAUUACUACAAGAAAUGUACAUGUUCUAAAUGUGCAUAAAGUGAAUCAACAUCAAACUUGUAAGCUUAAUGAACUGAAUGCUGACGAAUCGCUUGAGCUAUUCAGUUAUCAUGCUUUUCAGAAUCCCAAACCGUUAGACAGAUACACAAAGUUAUCCAAGAGAGUUGUAUCAACUACGGGAGGCCUGCCAUUAGCUCUUGAAAUAAUUGGCGCCCUUUUGUUCGAUAAAAACAGUCUGGAGGAAUGGGAAAAGGUGUUGGAAAAGUUACAGAAGGUUCCCAUUGAUGAGAUUCAAGGUAGACUGGAAUUAAGUUUAGAUGGACUUGAUGGCGAAGAGAAGUGCAUUUUCUUAGACAUUGCAGGUUUACUCGAUGGAAUGGAGAAAGAAGAUGCAAUUCACAUAUGGAAGGGUUGUGACUUGUUCCCAAAUAUAGCAAUUAGAGUUCUCCUUCACAAGUCUCUUAUCACGAUCAACGAUGGAAACAGUGGGCUGCAUAUGCAUGAUCAACUUAGGGAUAUGGGGAGACAAAUUGUUUUGAGAGAAAGCCUGAAGCCAGGGGAACGUAGCAGGCUAUGGCAUCAUGAUCAGAUCUUGACAGUUUUGGCUAACCGAGAAGGGACAGCGAAGGUUGAAGGUAUCAUAGUCAAUUUUGAAGAGGCAAAAGAUGGGGUCCAAUCACCUUUGAGGACAGAAUCACUUGCGGAGUUGUCUAAGCUUAGACUGCUACGUGCUAACUAUGCAAACAUUAUAGGAGAUUUUCAACAUUUCCCUAGAGAACUUAGAUGGUUGGAAUGGCAAGGUUUCCCACUUGGCUCACUGCCAUUGGGCCUUCAUCUUGAUGAAACUGCAGUUCUUAACUUGUCUAAGAGUAAUAUCAAGGAAAUGCAAUGCAAGGUGUUUGACAAAUUGAAGGUUCUCAAUCUCAGUGGCUGCUAUCACCUAACUAUCACUCCUGAUUUUUCUGUUGUACCAUGUUUAGUAAAAUUGAUACUUGAUAACUGUAUUAGCUUGGUUGAGGUUCAUAAAUCCAUUGGGCAUCUUAAGGCGGGCCUGGUGCUCUUGAGCAUGAAGGGUUGCAAGGAAUUGAUGGAAUUGCCAAAUGAACUAUGUCAGUUGACUUCUUUAGGAAAACUUAUCCUAUCCCACUGCUCCAAACUCUGCAGCUUGCCAAAUCAAUUAGGAGACCCGAUGUCUUUGACAAAUCUUGCUGUUGGAGGCACCUUAUUGACUAAACUUCCAAACUCACUUGGAAAAUUGUCAAUCUUCGAAAAUCUCCUAUUGGACGACUGUUACCAACUGAAAGAGCUGCCAAGCUCGAUUGGCCAUUUGAGCAAGCUCAAAAUAUUGGAUAUUGGGUAUUGCACUUCCCUUGCAACUUUGCCCAGUUCAGUUGGUGAUGCAACCAACCUAAAGAAGCUUGUCUUAGAUGCAACUGCCUUAGAAGAGUUACCUGAUACAAUUGGGCUAUUAAGAAAACUGGAGAUAUUGUCACUGGGUGGCUGUAAAAUGCUGAAAAUUUUGCCCUCUUCAAUGGGAAAGAUGAGAAAGCUACAUCAUCUAGACAUUACUGAAAGCCAAAUCAGAGAACUACCUGAAGAUUUUGGAUGCAUGAGUAAGUUGAGUGUUCUACAUAUUGGACAAAAUGCUACCCUUGGUUCGCUGCCGACGAGCUUCUCUCAACUUAGAUCUUUGGCUGUGCUGCAUGUUGACUUGCACAAUGUCUCGGUGGAAAAAAUUCCUGAAAAUUUUGGCAAUCUUUCCUCACUCCAAUCUUUGACAUUAUUCAACAGUAAGCAUGCAUCGUUGUCUCUAGGUCAGCUUCCUUCUUCUCUAACUAAGCUUCAUGCGUCCAAUUGUUCAUCAUUAGAGUGGAUGUCUGAUGCUUCAAACUUGGUGAACCUACGUGAGCUGAUCCUGACAGAUUGUGUUAAUUUGAUUGAUGUUCACGGGCUUGAAAUGCUGAAGUCCUUGCAAUUUCUACACAUGAAUGGUUGUGUGACUGUUUGUGCUGGUCUGAAGAACAGACUUGUUAAGGAGCCAGCAUUUCAAUAUUUGGAGAGCUUCAUCUCAUCUGGAAGUCUAGUUCCUGCUACAUUUCCAAGAUUAACUUAUGUUGUUCCAAACAUGUUAGGAAGCCAACAAAGGGUUUCAAAGUUGGUAUUGUUGUUGUUUGGUGAGCGAUUGUUCAUGGUGGACGUAGAUGUCAUCCUGCCAAAUCAUGACAUCAUAUAUACGACAACAAAGAUGCCUGUAUAUCGUACUGGAUUGGUUCCCUCUAUAACUGAAUUUAAAGAAAAUGAAGAGAUAUAUGGAUACUUGAGGAAUGGAUGUAAUAUACAGAUAUCAUGGUAUAGUAAGACUCCACUAAAGGGUACCAUGUAUCUUAACUACGAAAGGAUCAACGGUGAAUGAGAUCAUGUUGAAUGGUUUGUGUUAUAAGUCUUUCAAAAUGUUCAACAGGACCAAUAAAGACAUUUUCAUCA